AUGGACAAGACAGAAACACACAUCGACUAUGAAGAUAAGUUCACUGAUCACGAUCACCACCUCUCCUACGACACCCCUGCAGAGGAGGAGAACACAGAGGAGGAGAACACAGAGGAGGAGAACACAGAGGAGGAACUGCUAGAGGAGAAGAACACAGAGGAGGAACUGCUAGAGGAGGAGAACACAGAGGAGGAACUGCUAGAGGAGGAGAACACAGAGGAGGAGAACACAGAGGAGGAGAACACAGAGGAGAAGAACACAGAGGAGGAGAACACAGAGGAGGAGAACACAGAGGAGGAACUGCUAGAGGAGGAGAACACAGAGGAGGAGAACACAGAGGAGGAACUGCUAGAGGAGGAGAACACAGAGGAGAAGAACACAGAGGAGGAACUGCUAGAGGAGGAGAACACAGAGGAGGAACUGCUAGAGGAGGAGAACACAGAGGAGGAACUGCUAGAGGAGGAGAACACAGAGGAGGAGAACACAGAGGAGGAGAACACAGAGGAGAAGAACACAGAGGAGGAACUGCUAGAGGAGGAGAACACAGAGGAGGAGAACACAGAGGAGGAGAACACAGAGGAGGAACUGCUAGAGGAGAAGAACACAGAGGAGGAACUGCUAGAGGAGGAGAACACAGAGGAGGAGAACACAGAGGAGGAACUGCUAGAGGAGGAGGUGAACACAGAAGAAGAGGAGCACAGCGAUCAGCAGCAACAAGAGGCCAGCUUCAGUGUGGAGGGAGAAGAGGAGCAGGAGGAGGAGGCAGGAGGAGAGGAGGCAGCAGGAGGAGAGGAGCAGUCUUUGGGAGAGGAGGAGCAGCAAGGGGAGGAGGUGGAGGGAGGAAUGAAGGAAGAGGUGGAAGAGUCGACAGACCCUCCCGUUGAGAAGGAGGAGCAGGUGGAGGAGAUGGGCGUGUCAGAGGUGACUGAGGCGCCAGUCUCCCUGAUAUCUCAGAAGCACCUGUUCUGGUUCCCCUCAGAGGCCAUCCAGGAGGCGGGACAUGUGGAACCCACCCACCCGCUAGUCACACAGGACACACACACUGAGGGGGACAACCGUGUCAGGGCCUCCGGCAGCGAAUUAAUGGAGAGCAAGCAAGACGACAGCCAACCGGAGGAGACGAAGGAUUAUGACAGCCAUGAGGGUCACUUCCAACAACCAAUUGACCCCGUUGACCAUGAUGACCAUCGCCACGACGACCAUGAUGACCACGAAGAUGACGUUGACCAUGAACAUAUUGACCGUGAACAUGACGAUCAACGUGAACGUAACCACUUUGACCACGACGGUCAAACAGAUCCUGGCCACGAUGAAAGCUCUGAGGGUGAAGACCAUGUCGUCGAACGCCUUGACCACAAUGAUCAUGAUGACCAUGAAAGCUAUGGCAGUGAAGACGCCCACCGUGAGGACCAAGGAGAACACGAGGAGGAUGACCAUGAGAAGGCUGGUCGGUAUGAUGACGUGGGCGAGGAGCAUUACGACGUGGGUGAACACGAGGAGGAUCAAAACCACGGUGCACAUGAUGACCACGAAGACCACGAAGGUCAUGACCGCAGUGAUGUAACCGAUCACCAUGACGACCACGGCCAUGCCCAUGAUCACCUUGAUGAAGACCAGAGUGAACAUGAAGAUGAUCGUAGUGACCCUAACAGUCACGACCAUCACUACGACGACCAUGAUUAUGAUGACUAUGUGAUCCCCCCCGUCGGCAUGACAACAGGCGAGCCUCAGAACGUAACUCAUGAGGAGACGGGAGCAAAACCCACAGACAGCUCAGACGAGACCUGGUUGGACGGCUACCCUGUUAGUCAGGAGGAGACCGACGCUGAUAAAGUGGGCGGUGGAUCCUCAGAGGAAGGGGUGGAGCUUGAGGAGGAAGAGAAGGGUGUUGUGAUUGACCGGCCCAAUGAGGUGGAGUUGAGUCGUCCCACCCCGUUCACUGGAGUCCCCCAGGUCCCCCUGUCCCCCACACAGGGGGCGAACCCUGUAGAGCAGGAUCAGGACCAGGGCUGUGGAGGACUCACCCCUACAGCCUCACCCGACCUACCUCUCUCCCCCGAGGCCACGGCUUCAGAUUCACAUUCAGCCGACUACGCCACCCCCUCUCAGACAUCAUCGCUGGAUGAUGUUGCCUCCGGCAACACAGCCAGGCAUUCUCCCACAGACUCCUGGGAAACCACGGAUCACGUGCACCCUUUCCUGGAGCACGGCCUCGCCCCCACAGCAUGGACUGAUGACGUCAUCGACGAGGAGGAACGUUCGGCCCAGCACAACCUGACUCGACACAGCGGGGAGAUGGAGGGUGAGGAGGGGGAGAGCGAAGGUGAGACGGGGGAGACAGGGUGUACUGGGGGUGAGGAGGACUGCCCUCCUCCCCCUCCUCCCUCCUCCGGCAGGGGUUCCACGGUUGCAGCCAUUGUGGUUGCCGUGUGCGCGGUUGCCGUGGCAGCCACCAUCGGGGCGUGGUGUUACCGGCGGAAACAGCAGAAGAGCUCGAUGUACGAGAUGAACGGGAAGGGUCAGAGCAGACAUGGACAACAGAUAGAGAUGCAACAGAAAGUCUAA